GCUGGGUCUUGUUUGAAGCUCCCUCCUUGUCGGUGACCUGUUUUCUCGCGAUGACAGCUUCCUGCAGAUUUGCUAAGACGGACGGCUCUCCUUCACGGACUGGAGGAUGAACAGAAGAGGGAACAGGGCUGUCGGAGUUUAGCUGGUCGGCAUGCAGAGGAAGCAGCUGCUCGAUUGAAUUUUUUUUGGUUCGGAUAGAGCGAAUGCUGCUGGAGGAUAUAGUGAGGAAAUGAGCAACAGGAUGGAGGGUACUGCAGGACCAGGCACCAGGGCGAAUGGACCGGUCCCGGCGCCCAACGGGAACCAGGUACCGCCGCCACCGGGUCCGCCUCUGGCCCCGGAGGAGCUGGAAGAGGAGCAGACGUCUUCACUGGCCGACGUCUCUCAAAUGUGGAUUAAAUUUGCCAAAACAUUUGCCAUCAUAUUCCCCAUCUACAUAUUGGGAUACUUUGAGUUCAGCUUCAGCUGGGUUCUGAUUGGACUCGCCAUGCUUUUUUACUGGAGGAAGAACCAUGGCAGCAAGGACUACAGGAUAAACCAGGCUUUGGCGUUCCUAGAUCACAAGGAUACGACCGCGAGGCGGAGUCUGCCAGCAACGGAGCUGCCACCCUGGGUUCAUUAUCCAGAUGUGGAGCGAGUCGAGUGGCUCAAUAAGACGGUGAAGCAGAUGUGGCCGUUCAUCUCCCAGUUUGUGGACAAACUGUUCAGGGAGACCAUCGAGCCGGCUGUGCAGGGAGCCAACCCCCAUCUCAGCACCUUCUGCUUCACCAAGAUCGACAUGGGAGACAAGCCGCUCAGAGUGAACGGGGUGAAGGUUUACACAGAAAAUGUGGACAAGAGGCAGGUCAUCAUGGACCUGCAGAUCAGUUUUGUUGGUAACACGGAAAUCGACGUCGACAUCAAGAAGUUUUACUGCAGGGCUGGAAUCAAAAGCAUACAGCUUCAUGGCGUGCUGAGGGUGGUGAUGGAGCCUCUCCUGGGGGACAUCCCUCUGAUCGGAGCCCUGUCCGUCUUUUUCCUCAAAAAACCUCUGUUGGACAUCAACUGGACGGGACUCACGAACAUGUUGGACAUUCCAGGUGUUGAUGGUUUGUGCGACGGCCUCAUCCAGGACAUCAUCUACAGCUACCUGGUUCUGCCGAACCGUCUCAACAUCCCUCUGGUGGGAGCGGCUGAGCUGGCCAGGAUCCGCUUCCCCAUUCCAGAGGCCUUGAUAAGAAUCCACUUCAUUGAGGCCCAGAACCUACUGGCCAAGGACAGGAUCCUGGGAAUCAAGGGCAAGUCUGACCCAUAUGGACUCAUCCGGGUCGGCCCAAAGGAAGCCAAGAGCAAAGUCAUCAAAGAUACGGUCAAUCCUCGUUGGAACGAGGUCCAUGAGUUCUUGAUGUACGAUAACACUGCAAAAACGAUGGAAAUUGUACUGUUUGAUGAAGACCAAAACGACGAUGACAAACUGGGAAAUGUGAUGAUCGACUUGACUGAACUCAAGAAGGGACAAAUUGUGGAGGAGUGGUUCGAUCUGGAAGAUGUUCCCAAAGGGAAGCUGCACCUGAAGAUGGAGUGGUUUUGUCUGCUGCCCUCACCUGAGAAGCUGGACCAGGCGCUGCUGCAGAUCCGGGCGAACGGCUCUAGCGCCACCGACGGGCUGUCGUCUGCAGUGCUCGUAGUCUUCCUGGACUCGGCCAGAAACCUGUCGAGCGUCUUCGAGGGGAACUUGGGUUCAGGCUGCUUAAAAGAGAGGCGCUCGGCGGGCCUCGUGUUCUGUGAGAACACCUCUUCUCUCUAUAGGACCUUGUUUCGCAAUCCGUUAGAGUUCAACCAGACGGGGCUGAGGAAGGCCUCGAUCAGUAAGGCCAUCAAGUCCGGUAAAAAAGUGACCAGUGAUCCCAGUCCAAUGGUCCAGUUCAGAGUGGGUCACCAGUCCUUAGACAGCAAGAUCAAAUAUAAAACCAAUGAACCGGUGUGGGAGGAAAACUUCACCUUCCUCAUCCACAACCCAAAACUGCAAGAGCUGCAGGUGGAGGUGAAGGAUACGAAGCAUGAGUGUUCGUUGGGGACGCUGGCUCUGCCCCUCACCCGCCUCCUAGAGGCGGAGGACAUGACUCUGAGCCAGCGCUUCCCCCUCAAGACCUCCGGACCCAGCUGCACCCUCAAGAUGAAGAUGGCUCUGCGGGUGUUGUCUCUUGAAAAGAUACCAGCCUCGCCUUCCACCUCCACCCCGUCGUCCGUCCAGGUCCGCAAGUCCAGCUCCGCCAACCCCAACCCCACCCCACAACCCUCCGUCUCCUCAGAUGCCAGCAUGCCUCCGCCCUCCAUCUCAGACGUCCCCCGCUCCUCCACCGCCUCCGUCCAGGACCUGUCCAACCGGCGGAAGGAGUCGGAGCUCCCAGUGAAGUCCAUGGGUAGCAUGGACUUGGAGCAGGCUGGUGAUGGAGGAGGAGCUGGAGGUAAGAGCCUAGCAGAGACUGGGAAGAGCACAUCCUACCUGGCUAUCUCUGGAUCCCAGCAGUUCCUGAACGGGGGCAAGGAGCCAACGCCCAGCAUCGCUUCGGAUAUUUCCAACCCCUACGCUGCUCAGGAGCUGCAGCAGAGACUCCAGCAGCUGCCCAAUGGUGCAGUGUCCAGUAACAGCCCACUGGGCAGCAUCCAGCUGACCAUCCGGUACAGCACGCAGAGGAACAGGCUCAUCGUGGUCGUUCACGCCUGCAGAAACCUGAUCGCUUUCACCGAUCACGGCUCAACCCCGUACGCCCGUCUCUACCUGCUUCCUGACAAAAGGAGGUCGGGACGGAGGAAAACUCACACGCACAAGAAAACACAGAAUCCGAAAUUCGACGAAACGUUUGAGUUCUCCGUUACCUGGAUCGAGCUCAGUAGUCGCAACCUGGAUGUUGCAGUGAAGAACAGCGGAGGUCUGCUCUCCAAACAUAAAGGUCUUCUUGGAAAGGUCUUGGUGGAUUUAAAUCAUGACGAUUUAACCAAAGGUUGGACACAAUGGUAUGACCUGACUAUCGACGGAAAACCUCGACCAUAAGAAGUCUUCAUCAUCACCACCACCACCAUGCUUCCACUUAUGUCCACAGUACAUUUUUUUAAUUAUUCUCGCGCCUUUUAGAUGUGUAAAAGCUAAGAGAAAAGCAGCUUUAGACACUCAUUAAUCACAUCAGUCGCAAGGCAAGGCUUCCCUUUAAGAAGCGAGUAAAGAAUUGCAGAAAUGUAAAGAGAGUAUAUACAAGUUAAUGUGCCAAGAUGGAAGUUUUAUCCCGUAUUUAUAGAAGCUAGAACGGUUUAUUUUCUGUUGCCACAUACACUAUAUAUGUGUGUUUGUAUAUAGUGUAAAAUGAUGUUGGACAAACUAAAAGACGGUUUAUAUUCUGCACAUAUUAGAGAGGCUGGUGUCUUAAUGGCCAAAGGAUUGUGUGUAAUUUAAUCUGAUUUUCUUCUAUUUUAUUUCAUCCAAACAUUCUUUAUUUUUGUUGAAGGGGAGUGUGUGUGUGUGUGUGUGUGUGUGUCGGACCAAAGACACGAGAAGUAUUUUAUUGCUUUAGUUGAGAUAACACAGCUACACGCUGGCUUUUUAACACUGUUAUAAAAAUAAACAAACAUGGGUGAAAGAACCAAAGAAGAAGAAAUUCACUCACAGAGUUGCCAAUGGGGUUUGUUUGCUGUGCAGAAACACUCUUGUUACGAUGAAAUAAGCCCAUUACCAAGUGUUACCGUUUUUGUAACUGAAUGUGACCCUUUGCACAUGAAUAUUUUAAAACCUGAUAACAAUCAUUAGUAUUGAGUGUCAACAUUACGUCUAGAGAAGUGGAUGGAAAAGCCAUUAAAUGGUUACGUUUUAGAGAUGGUUGUUUUUAAAGAGAAAUCUUUCCAUUCAGAUCAAGCCUGUUCAAAUGGGACGUCGCAGCAAAAAGACAGUUAAAUUAGCUGUUGUCUUAUAAUAGACCAACAAUAGGACUGGUCUAUAUUUGAUCAUACAGGCUAAAAUAACCAAACAUGCUGCUGCAGUUUUUGUUUUUAGCAUGUUUUAAAUAGCUGCAAAAUGUUGGCUGCAGGUAUUGCCUUCAAUUUCUUGAUUGUAAUGAAGCCACUAUGUGUAGAUUUAGCAGGUUUUCCUAUGUAAAUCUGAUUAAAGCAAAACGUGCAUUAUCA